AUGCCUGCAUACCACUCUAUCUUCCUGGAGGACCGAGAUGUCCCCGUGAUAGGUACGAAAUGCCCCACCAAAUGCACCCAUCCUCCCCAUGCAUCCCCUCAUGCGCUACAUCACUCCAAGAACCUAGAAUUAACGAAUACUGUACCAGGCAACUUCCCAAUUCUGCCAUUGCGCACUCGCACUCGUGGCCCCGCAUAUACCUUGCCCGCUCUUCCCCCCAAUACAGCUGACAUCGAUGUUGCCCCGGACAAUGAGUCCUACGACUGCGUCGAUGAGAUCUUGUCACUUUUCCGAGCCAAUGUGCUUUUCCGCAACUUUGAGAUCAAUGGCCCCGCCGAUCGAAUGCUCAUUUAUGGAACCCUCUUCGUGAGCGAAUGCCUUGGGAAAGUAAAGCCUACUAUGAACGCCCGCGAGGCUGAGAAGGCUUUGAUCAAUGCUGCGCUUGACAAUUUUGCUAUUCCUGGCGAUGUGUCCUUCCCGCUCAACCAAGCUUUUGAGCCCCCACGCGACCGCCAGGAUGCGGAGAGCCUGCGGGCAUACGUUUCUCAGGUGCGACAGGAGGUUGCUGUACGGUUACAUGCUAGAUUAUACCCCGGUGGAGAGGGCCCGUCCAAGUUCUGGUUGAGUUUCACCAAGAGAAAGUUCAUGGGGAAGAGUCUGUAG